AUGUUUGAUAUUUCUUUUCUUUUUAUUGGAAUAAACUCCAUAUUGACAUUGUUGGGAUGUUUUAUUAAUUUGUUUCUUUGCUAUUUAGCCAUAUUUCAAAGCCCCAAAGCAAUUAGAACUUACUCCCUUGUUUUAAUUAAUAUAACUCUAACAAAUGUUGGAGCGUGUGUAACUGGAUUUCUUCUGGAUCAGCGAAUUAUUCAAUCAGGGAAAUCGAUGUUGUACGUCUCAUACGGAUAUUGUUCACUUCUUGGCGAGGGGUUUUGUUUCAAUAUAUUCGCAGCCUAUCUUCAUUUCCAUACCCACGCUCUAUGGCUUUUGUUUCUCUCUUUUGUAUACCGAUAUUAUGUGAUUAUUCGGCAAGAACCAACAAAAAAAGUUCUUCAAAUAUCAGUUGUCAUAGUUUAUAUUCCUUCUUUGAUUCAACUUAUAUCAAUGUGCUUACAAGAAAUGAAUUUUGAUGAGCUUCGAAGCUUGUCCAAAGAAGUCGUUCCACAAUACAAUCUGACUGGAUUAACCAUCACUGGAAGUCUUGAUUUCUUUACAUUUGCACCGUUUUAUUGUUUGGUUCAUAUGGCAAUUAUCAGUUUUCUUAUUGCUAUUGGCAUUCAUAUUUUGAGAAAAAUGAUUAUUAAUCGAAUGGUUUUGAACGGAGUAGAUGUGACGAUCAGAUCCAGAAACUUACACGCUCAGUUGUUAAGGACACUCUCAUUCAAAGCUACCGUACCUAUUAUCUAUUAUUUUGGAUGCAUAUUCUUCAUUCUUGGUAGAAUUUGGAUCAAUCCAAUUUUUGAAUUUUCAAUAUUUGUUCCAACUGUAAUUGUUCCCGUACUCACUCCACUUUCAGCAUUUAUUCAUGUGGCUCCGUAUAGAGAUUUUGUAUCGAAAAUGUUUCAUGGAAGGCCCAAAAACAAAACUGUGAACUCUAUUUGUAUUAUUCCAAUUAUUUCACAUUAA